AUGAGCAAAGGCAAGCUCACCGGCGCUGAUGUCGCCCAGCACAACUCCCGCGACUCUUGCUGGGUCAUUGUCCACGGAAAGGCGUACGAUGUGACCGAAUUCUUACCAGAACAUCCCGGUGGCCAGAAGAUCAUCCUGAAGUACGCAGGCAAGGAUGCGACCGAGGAAUUCGAUCCCAUCCACCCUCCGGACACCCUAGACAAAUACCUCGAUGGCUCUAAGCACCUGGGCGAGGUCGACAUGAGCACCGUCGAACAAGAAGAAAAGGUUGCCGACCCCGAAGAAACAGAGCGGCAAGAACGGAUCAAGCGGAUGCCCCCGCUGCAAGCAUGCUACAACUUGAUGGACUUUGAGGCCGUCGCACGGGAUGUGAUGAAGAAGACCGCUUGGGGGUACUACUCCAGCGGUGCCGAUGAUGAAAUUACUAUGCGUGAAAACCACUCUGCCUUCCACAAGAUCUGGUUCCGUCCUCAGAUUCUUGUUGACGUGGAGAAUGUUGACUUCUCCACGACCAUGCUCGGAGCGAAAACAUCGAUUCCCUUCUACGUGACCGCCACUGCCCUCGGAAAGCUGGGUAACCCUGAGGGUGAAGUGGUGCUCACUCGCGCUGCUCACGACCACGAUGUCAUCCAGAUGAUCCCCACAUUAGCUUCCUGCUCCUUUGAUGAGAUCGUCGACGCCAAGAAGGGUGAUCAGGUACAAUGGCUGCAGCUUUACGUGAACAAGGACCGCGAAAUCACCAAGCGCAUUGUCCAGCACGCUGAAGCCCGCGGCUGCAAGGGUCUAUUCAUCACUGUAGAUGCCCCUCAACUCGGCCGUCGUGAGAAGGAUAUGCGUUCCAAGUUCUCCGAGGAGGGCUCCAACGUCCAAGCCAGCGGAGGCGAUGCUGUUGAUCGCUCCCAGGGUGCCGCCAGAGCCAUCUCGUCGUUCAUCGACCCUUCUCUUUCCUGGAAGGACAUCCCUUGGUUCCAGUCCAUCACAAAGAUGCCCAUCGUCCUAAAGGGCGUCCAGCGCGUCGAGGACGUCCUCCGUGCCGCCGAGAUGGGCCUGGACGGUGUUGUCCUCUCCAACCACGGCGGUCGCCAGCUGGAUACCGCGCCCUCUGGCAUCGAAGUCCUCGCAGAGGUCAUGCCCAUCCUCCGGGAGCGCGGCUGGGAAAACAAGAUCGAGGUCUUCAUUGACGGUGGUGUCCGUCGUUCCACGGAUAUUCUGAAGGCCCUGUGUCUAGGCGCCCGUGGUGUAGGUAUCGGACGGCCAUUCCUGUACGCCAUGUCCACGUACGGGCAGGCCGGUGUGGACCGCGCGAUGCAGCUCCUCAAGGACGAGAUGGAAAUGAACAUGCGUUUGAUUGGAGCCACUAAGAUUGCAGACCUCAACCCCAGCCUAAUCGACGUGCGUGGCCUGAGCAGCGGUCACCAUGCUUCUGUUCCCUCCGACACCUUGACCCUCCGUGCCUAUGAUCCUCUCCAGGCCCCUCGGUUUAGCGAGAAGGCUAAGCUGUAG